AUGAACGAAUACAUACAAAAUUAUAUGCCUCUAGACCAUGAUGCACAUGAAGUAUCAGAUAUAUGUAAUUUGAAAGCAGAAGUAAAGAAAUUUCCCCUAGGCCUAAAAAUGUUUCAUAUUAAUAUCUGCAGCAUAGCAAAAAAUUUUGAUGAACUUCUACUUUUCAUUUCAUCACUAGGUGAAGAAUUUGAUGUUAUAGUCCUCACUGAGACAUUUGUAAUCUACGAUGCCAAAAAUUUCAACAUUCCAAAUUACGAUUUUGUUUAUAAUGCUAGUAACAUUAACAGAAAUGAAGGCUCAGUUGUUUUCAUUCGAUCUGAUUUAAAACCUGAGUAUGAAAUUAGCAAUGUAGGUCUUAUCAAUAUUAUUAAAAUAAAACUAAAUUCAAAACGUAAUCUCCGCUCAAAAAAAUUAUUCAGAAAUGUUGAAAUCCAAAGUUAUACAGAAUUAUCUCCAUCUACCCCAGAAGAACCUUUUCAUGCAUCGUCCGGUGAAGAUUCUCUGUUUUGUCCCGGCAGUGACGAAGAAAGUUGUUCCGAUGACGAUGUGACUCCGAAAAAGCCUGGGAAGCUUGGUAGGAACAGGAACCCUAUUAGGGGUAAAAUAUCUACUGAAAAUAUCAAUGCGGUCGCAUCAACUGUGGAGUCUGAUAGAGCUGAAGAUAGCGAUUACGAUUUAAAUUUACCAAGUACUUCAAGAAGUACAAAUCUCGUUGCUACUAAUUCGCUGGAUAGAGUCGAAGAUAUCGAUCACGAUCUAAAUUUACCGCGUAAAUCAGGUUGUACAAAGCUCAUUGCUACUAAGGCGCCAUAUAAGAGAAAACCAGAUCAUUGCUAUUAUUGCGAAACUAAGGUUCUCAAUUUUAGUCGUCAUGUGUUAAGAAACCAUUCAAACGAAAAUGACGUAGCAAAAAUUUUAGCAAAACCAAUCAAAAGUAGAGAAAGAAAAAAGCUAUUCAAUCUCCUUAGAAGAAAGGGAAAUUUUUUGGCCGACGGAGAUUGUUUCAAACCAGUUAGAGAGGGUUAUGUACCAGAAAGAGAUAAACUACCUUGUGACAAUUGCUUGGGGCACUUUUCAUCAAAGCUUUUAUACAGGCAUAAAAAAAAAUGUAAACAGGGGAAUGCAGGUGACUCUAAAAAUGUAAAACAGUUAAAAAUGUUUUAUAAUGGUAAAGUAGAUCGUCGACUAAAGGAGGAAGUGUUUCCCCAUAUGAGAGCGGACAAGUUAUCUUUGGAAGCUCAAAAGGAUCCACUUAUUUGCGAAUACGGAGCUAGAUACUUGAAAACACACCGAGAAAAACAUUUUAUUUACGUAACAUCUCGCAAAAUGAGAGAACUUUCCAAAAUCCUUUUGGAAAUGAGAAAACUGGAACCAUCUAUAACUACAUUUAUUUCAGCCUUGAAGCCAAACUAUUUCGACAUUUUUGUGGAAGCCACAAAACGUAUUGCCAAAUAUGAUUCUGAACAGGAUGUUUAUUUUUCACCAACUUUUGCCAUGAAUAUUGUAAGAUCUUUGAAACAGUGUUGCGACAUUGCAAUUACUUUUAUCUACACCAAAAAUGUUGCACACACUUUGUCUGCUGCAGGAAUAGAGGCGGACCUGAAAACCUUGAUUCGCCUUUUUGAAACUAAUUGGAGUUGUGAGGUAUCUUCACAAGCGGCCAACAACCUUAACCUCAACAAAUGGAAUAAAGUAACCAUUGUUCCUCUUGCUAGUGAUUUACGUUUAUUGAGGCAACAUCUCAUCAAAUUAGCUGGGGAGUCCUUGCAAGUCCUUAUCAAAGAAGUUGAAAGUGCAAAGGUCAUGCAAGUAGACGAUACCGAGCAUAAACUUAACAUGAAAAACCCUAAAACGAUUCAAGCAUUUAAUAUUCUAAUGGAAACUAUCUACUGUAGAGUCAUUUUAUUGAAUAGAAAAUGUUCCGGAGAACUACAAAGAAUGUAUUUGCAUACAUACCUGAAUGCCUCAACCGAAACUCAAAAAUAUGAGGAAUUUGACAAUGCCGUCUCUCUAACAGAAAAAGUUCUUCUGAAAUCUUUAAAAAGGGUAGUUAUCCGAGGAAAGCGGGGCAGAGGAGUUCCCGUUUUAUUCCACUCUGACAGACCAUAUUAA